AUGAAAUCCUUAGUUAUUCUAUGUGUCUUAGCCCUCGUGGGAUUGAGUAUCGCUGGAACUAACCCUUACCCUAGAGGAUGUAUUUACAUUUUGGGACACUGUUACAAAGGUUGCGAAGAAGGUACCCACGGUUACUCUACUGGUUGCGGGUACCUGACUCCUGAGCCUACCUGUGAGAACCCUGAACCCCAAGAAGAUACUAGGGGUAAGAUUUGCGACUACUCAGCUUGUUACUGCGAUGCUCCAACUGUGAGGGACACCGUCAGCAAGAAAUGUGUGCCUUUAGAAGAAUGUCCGAAAAAUGAGGAA